CGCCCGUCGAAAGGCGUGGUUUCACCCCUAAGCUUACACGGACGAUAUUGAUCGGCCAUUCAUAAACAACUAUUUUUGUUAUCUGUUCAACAAUUCGAUAUUUUUUUCUGCAUGUUUAUCAGAUAGUGAAUGCGCUGAAUCACAAUGAUCAGUUGAUGUGGAGCGGUGCUUGCGACGUAACGUACUUAUGUUUGCUCAAUCGGUGUGACAAGUGAAUGGACGGUGUAUUUACUGUUUUAUGUAUGGUGUUGUGGUUGAGGACACGAUGACCAGGUCCAGCUACCGGCCUUUGAUCCCUAGGGCUUCGCACACGUCCCUGGACAACCGGGAAAUAGGGACGACGUCACCACCAGGGGAGCCUCUGGUCCGGGCACCAGUGGGCAAGCCGCGUUGCCCCCCGGCCAUCUCCCGGCUUCGCGUGGAGAAGGUGGAAGGCGGGCUGGCGGUCGCUGGUGUUGUCGUUGCCGCCAACUGUCAGAUAGUUCUACCGAUCUUCGGGAUUUUGUUUAUGCUCGUUGGCUGCGUGCUAACUGCGGCAUCGUAUCGCGGUUGCGGCGAGAAUGAGGAGCCUGACCACUAUGCGGCCAGGAUUGCCUUCACCGGUAAUUCCCGAGUGUUGGGGCCCGUAUGCAUCGUCGCCGGGGCCUUGAUGACCAUUGCUGGUAUCGUGCUAUGUAUACUGAUGCGCGCAGCCCAGCGUAAGCAACGCCGGCUGGCAUACAACUGUCCCAUCCAUGGAGACUUCUACCCUCUCAGUCCACAGAACACUAGGAAAUAUUCUCGCAGUCCGUCAGGCCUCUGGCUGAGGCUCCGCAGCUGGCUGGGCCUGGUAGAGGACGGGGAAGCGCCGCGGUGUCCGCGCAGCGCCGAGCCCGCCUCGCCAGCCAGGGCCGACGCCCCGUGUCCCCCACCAUUACCGUUCGUUGUGCCAUCGGACUCUGUCGUGUGCAUGGCGUCGGUACUAGGCGCUCCUCUUAGUCCAGAACAAACCUUCGGGUCCAUCAAAUCCCUGGCAAUAUCACGCGAGGUGGCCAGCUUCCCUCUCUCACGGUCACCUACACCGCCACCUCUAAGCUGUCCUCCAUUCAAGGACGACUCGAAGACAUAUGAUGACCACAUCCCGAACUCAAUAACGCGCCCCGACUUCGACUGCGGCUCGCCCACGUGCAACUAUCGAGUCGUCGAAUGUAAACUCACCACUUCCGACGAAAUCUCCCGAAGCGCGCCUCUCCCUAGCGUCCAUAGACAAAAGGACUACAAACCUGUCAGACCUAACACCGUUUCCAUUACCAUUCCUGACGAAAAAGGUUAACAAUUUAUAAAAAUGUGAAAUGUUUACCUAGAUAAAUUAGUAACAAAUUUGUUCAAAGACGGGUGUGAUACGUUCAUUUGGAUAUUUGGCGUGACAAUGUGAUCAUUGGACUACAACGGAAUAAUCUUGUACAUAAUUUGUUUGAAAAUAUCUGCUCAAUCACAUUCGUCUUCCCGCUAGCUCACCGUUUGAACAGUUAAUGAACUGUCGAAUUAAUUAGAUCUGCAUUUAACAGAUACAAUGCAUAUUUUGCUCUGCGUAAAUGAAAAGGCGCAAGCAUAUUCAGCAAUACAGCAAAAGCGUAAAAUUAUCAAUUCUUUCUUCAUAGCAAUAUAUUGCGCCAAAUAGAGUAUGUGUGAUUGGAGAAAUGAGAAUUGGGUCUAAAGAUAAAUUAUUGUUAUAUUAUUCAUAUAUAGGAAUCUAGUGAGAAAAUAUUUAUUAAUAGGUACAUAUUUUCUUACUAGUAAUACCUAGAUGGACGACUGUAUUGAGCGAAGGACAACUGAGAUUUUUCAUAUUUAAGUCUCUAAUUAGUUUUUCCUAGGUUUAGAAUAUAUUUACGUUAGUUAUUCUUAAUAUUUAUACACCUAUCUUGUAUCCAUUAUACCUAUUCUAUUAGAUCAUAUUACUGACCACAAACUCAUUCUAUUUAAAUUGGUAUUUUUGUUAUACAGGCAUGUAUGUAAGAUUUCGAUUCUAUGAAUAAAAUUGUUUAUUGGGAUACACUAACAAUGUGACACUAAACAUAACCUUUCCAACUGAAUCCUUUCAAUUUAUUUUAAAAGUUUUUAUUACUAAUUAUUUGUAUUCUACGCUAUUCUCAUACGCAUUCUAGUCUAUUUGGUAUGUGUUACCAAUAUUUUUUGACGGAAACAUUAACGUAAAUUUAUUCAAAUUGUCGUGUAGUUAUGUGAACAAAUUGUAUUAAUUUGGCUCAGUAGGUUAGGUGUCGUACCCUAAGCACGAUGUUCAUAGGAGAUCGUCCAUUGUAUAACAUAUAUUUACGCGUAAGGGUUCCGCCUUACUGGUCCGGCUGUGUUGCGUUCGUAUUUAAACUUAUAGGUUAGAUAUUGACUUAUGUUGCAGUUUAACAGAACAAAGCGUAACGGAGCAGUGAAGCCGCACUCUAACGUAAUAGGUUAAGUAUUUUUAAGAAUUCAUGCAAACACAUACCCUAGGUUAGUCCCGAAAUGUGAUAUUUUUGUUUUAGCAAUUGACUAUACAAUAUACAUGCACUAACUACAGAUGUAAAAGUGUAAUACACUCAUGUCAUACUUUGGUGAUUAAGCCAAAAAGGAGAUGCCAAAACACAUAAAUCGUCGCGUCCAUGAAAAGUUGUAGUGUCGUUUCAUUCGUUUAAAUUCUUAUAAAAAAAAAAACAACUCAUUUUCGUGCUGAACGCAUUAUGUUUUGAACUUUUGAAUGAAAGUGCCGAUAGUCGGUCGUAAAUUUCAUUGAAAAUUAGUGACUUAACAUGUAUGACUGUCUAAGAAAUACUGACAAACAUGCUCUACAUCUAAAUAUGUGCAAUGAUUUCACCUCUCUCAUUCUCUCUCUCUGUGUAAGUAGGUGCUUAGGUACAAUUUCGAAGUAUGAGGCACCUAUCGUAAAUAGCUUUUAUAUAAUCAAUCCAUAAUCUAAUAAAUGACUCAUUUAAAGGUAUUUUCAGUGACGCGUUUUAUUCUUUGGAUUUCAUCUUAUUAGAAAAAGUACCUGCCUAAACUAAUACUUUAGGCAUUUCUCUUCAUAAGAUAGUGUGCCCAUCAUAAGAAGAGAAAAUAAACCUUGUACAUAAUACACGCUUACGCUCAGCACUUUUAAAUGGGUUGAGAAAAAAAAAUUCGUGCUCAGAAAAGACAAUUAGAGGCGAGAAUGUAGAUAAAGCUAUAGUCCACGUGUUAAUAUAUUAGAAUUUAAUCGGUAAAGUUAAGUCGUAAUUUAUCGAUUUAAGUUUUGUGAUGAAGGCAUUUAUUGGCCCAAGUUAUUUGGAAUCGUAAGAAACGUAAUUUUUUAUAAUCAGUAGUUAAGUGCCACGCCUAAAUCUUAUAUAUUAUAUUAAAUACGUCUACCUAAAUUAAGCUUAUUUAAUAUUGUUAUAAAUAUAAGAAAGAAAUGGAAAUACAAAUUUGAAAUGAA